ACGUUUCGGGGGCUCUCGGAUCACCUCCGGGGCCGCCACCGCCCGCCGAGGGAGUUGGGGGGUGGCAAGCCCGGCCUAAAGGUGUGGGAAGGGGGGCGCCGCUCGGUGGCCUUCGCCGGGGCUGCCAGGGAAGCUGCCUGGGAAUCGAAGGGUGUUGUUUGAUUUGGGAGAGAGUAAUAUGGCUGAUCUAAGAAGGGAGCGCUGAGCGAGAUCGGUCUCCUCCUCCUCCUCCUCCUCCUCCUCCUUCGUGCGAGCGACGCUGGAGAGCUUGGGUUCUUGACAUGUACAUAACUUCUCCGGGUUGUCAGUUUCGGGCACUGAUGCCAGCUUCUUCGUUCUCCCAAGGGCUUUGGUGAUCGCUUCCAAGGCUGCGGAUAAUGUUGUGCAGGAAAAAUUGGACGGCGGCCUCGAAGUAGAGGAAGACCUGCAGUGGAGGAUGAAGACAGCAUGGAUGGCUUGGAGGCAGCAAAAACAGAAAACACUGUGGAGACUGAAAUCAAAGAACAAUCUACAUUGGAGGAUGCCCAAGUGGAAGCGGACGGUGAGAAGAAGUUAACACAGAUUCUUCAGUGCUCAGUGCCUGAGGAGACUGCAAGUUCUGUUGCCUCUGUUGGUGUUGAAGCGAAAACCAGCAGUGAACAGCUCUGCGCCUUUUGUUACUGUGGGGAGCGAAGCUCAUUAGGACAAGGAGAACUGAAACAAUUCAGUCCAACACCAGGGUUUAUUGCUUCUUGGAACAUCCAGACUUUAAAUAAAAGUGAAACUGGUGAUAGCAAUCAUGACAUUUGUGAUAGUGCUCCAAGGCAGAACUCAGUCCUACACAAAUCAAGAGGACAGAAGAAAGAGAAGUCUCAUCAGAGUAUAACAUCGUGUACAAGUAUAAGCACUCAGACUACUCCUGAUGAUCAGGUAGUCAAAUUCUGGGAUGAACUCAGAAUGGUUGGCUUACCAGAUGACAUUGAUGUCCAAGCCUUAUUUGAGCCAACAGGUUACUGCUGGGCUCAUCACCGCUGUGCGGAAUGGUCACUGGGAGUUUGCCAGACUGAAGAGCAGCUACCAGUGAACGUGGACAAAGCUGUUGUCUCAGGGAGCACAAAACGAUGUGCAUAUUGCAAGCACCUUGGAGCCACUAUCAAAUGCUGUGAAGAGAAAUGCACCCAGAUGUACCAUUAUCCAUGUGCUGCUGGAGCAGGCACUUUUCAAGAUUUUAACAGCCUUUCCCUUCUUUGCCCAGAUCACAUUCACCAGGCUCUGCAAAGAUCAAAGGACGAAGCAAACUGUGCAGUGUGUGACAGCCCUGGUGACCUCCUAGAUCAGCUUUUUUGUACUACCUGUGGCCAGCAUUAUCAUGGGAUGUGCCUGGAUAUACAAGUGACACCUAUAAAACGGGCAGGGUGGCAGUGUCCUGAUUGCAAGGUGUGCCAGAACUGCAAACAUUCUGGAGAAGAUAACAAGAUGCUUGUGUGCGAUACAUGUGACAAAGGCUACCACACUUUCUGUUUACAACCAGUUAUGGACUCUGUACCAACAAAUGGAUGGAAAUGCAAAAACUGCAGGGUAUGCGCAGAAUGUGGCACACGGAUGAGUAGCCAGUGGCAUCAUAACUGUCUUAUGUGUGAUAGUUGUUUUCAGCAGCAGGACAGCCUACCUUGUCCAUUCUGUGAAAAAUCCUCUUGUCCGGACUUGCAGAAAGACAAGCUGCGCUGUCAUGUGUGUAAAAGGUGGAUUCACGUUGAAUGUGACAAACCCUCUGAUAAUGAGCUGGAUAUUCAGUUAAAAGAAUACAUCUGCAGCCUUUGCAAACAUUCAGUGGAAGAGGAACAUGCUCAAUCAUGUGAUGUCAUGGAGACUGUCCAAAUUGUUACUGAUCCUGGAAAAAAUGAAAUGGAAAUAGGAGAUGGUGCAGAAGAUGUGGCAGAUGAGGAACAGCUCAUAACUGAAGGUGGCCUUGUACGGGAAUCAUUGGUCAGGAGCACCACAGAUGGCCUCUCAUUGAACAGUAAGAUUGAUGAACUGGAAACAAUAGUUUCUGAUCAUUGUAUUAAAGGUGAAAUGGAAACAUCUCCUCAAAAGACUUAUACACCUGAUGGUAAUCACACUGAUAAAAGAAUGGAAGUGGCAGAAAAUACUCCAGAUAUAAUGCUGCAGGUUUCAGAAGGGCAAACUGAAGAAAUAAUACCAUCAAAGGGAGGCACUGCGUUGCCAGAAAUGUCCACAGAGGACACACAGCUUUUACCAGCAACACCUGAGGACAGAGAAAGGAUUCCUGGCACUUUCUGCUUAGUUAGCAAAGAGAGAAUCUCCUGUAGAAAGGAAGAGCUUCUAGAAGCAAGGAUGAUGGCAGAAAGGGUGGAUGGAGGUGGCACUCCUGAAAGCUGUGAAACCUCAUCUCUUCCCGCAAGUGAAAGUUGUGCAACUGACAGCUCCCCAUUGGGAGACAAAUCUUUAAAGUCACCAACGGAGACAUUUUCUUCAUUUCCAUCGUCGGUUGAAAUAAACAAGACAAGUGUGUCUUCCUCACCAGCCGCGUCAGUAGAAUUGGGCUCUUUGCCUGAUAUGAUGCGUUGUCAGGCAUCAUCCUUUGAAUCCUCCGCAGCUCUUCCAACAACCUAUGUGUCGCUCACUCCAAAAAUUGGAAUGGGGAAGCCAGCUAUCACCAAAAGAAAGUUUUCUCCCGGCCGACCAAGGUCAAGACAGGGGGCUUGGAGUAGCCAUAAUACAUUGAGCCCACCUUCCUGGUCCCCAGACAUUUCAGAAGGUCGGGAAACAUUUAAAUCCAGACAGCUACCUGGCAGUGCCAUAUGGAGCAUCAAAGUGGGCCGUGGAUCAGGGUUCCCUGGGAAGCGGAGACCACGUGGGGCAGGUCUUUCUGGAAGAGGUGGACGAGGGAGAUCAAAACUGAAGAAUGGAAUUGGAUCUGUUCUUACUCCAGGGGUCACAGAUAUGGACAGUUCAUCCAACAAAGAUGAGGAAGAAAACUCCAUGCACAACACUGUUGUUCUGUUUUCGAGCAGUGACAAGUUUACUUUGCACCAGGAUAUGUGUGUCGUUUGUGGAAGUUUUGGCCAAGGUGCAGAAGGCCGAUUACUUUCCUGCUCUCAGUGUGGUCAGUGUUACCAUCCCUACUGUGUCAGUAUUAAGAUUACAAAAGUGGUGCUUCACAAAGGCUGGAGGUGCCUGGAGUGUACUGUGUGUGAAGCCUGCGGGAAGGCUACAGAUCCAGGAAGACUGCUUCUUUGUGAUGACUGUGAUAUCAGCUAUCACACUUACUGCCUAGAUCCGCCGUUGCAGACAGUUCCCAAAGGAGGUUGGAAAUGCAAGUGGUGUGUUUGGUGCAGACAUUGUGGAGCUACGUCUCCUGGUUUAAGAUGUGAAUGGCAAAAUAAUUACACACAGUGUGCUCCUUGUGCAAGUUUAUCUACCUGCCCCAUCUGCUGUUGCAAUUAUAGGGAAGAAGAACUCAUUCUGCAGUGCAGGCAGUGUGACAGAUGGAUGCACACAGCCUGUCAAAACUUAAACACAGAAGAGGAGGUAGAAAGCACAGCUGACAGUGGUUUUGACUGCACCAUGUGUAGGCCGUAUGUGCUACCAGCAAAUGUGCCUUCAUCUGAAUGCUGUGAAUCAUCAGUUGCAGCUCCAAUCAUAACAAAGAUAAAGGAACUUGCUCAUGCAAAUUUCAUAGACCCACCGAAGACAUACACUCAGGAUGGAGUCUGUUUGACAGAAACAGGAAUGUCUCAGUUACAGAGUCUCAGUGCAGUUGUACCGAGAAGAAAAAGGACAAAGCCAAAGCUUAAGCUGAAGAUUAUAAACCAGAAUAGUGUGGCUGUACUCCAGACCCCUCCUGAUAUCCAGUCAGAACAUUCAAGGGAUGGCGAGAUGGAUGACAGCAGAGAAGGAGAUCUCAUGGACUGUGAAGGGAAAUCAGACACAAGCCCUGAACGAGAACCAGCAGAUGAGGAUCCAAAGGGGGUAGAAGGACCCGAGGCAAUCAAAAAGAGAAAGAGAAAGCCAUACAGACCCGGCAUUGGUGGAUUCAUGGUUCGGCAGCGGAGUCGUACUGGACAGGGAAAGACAAAACGAUCUCUUUCCAGGAAAGAUUCUUCUGGUUCUGUGUCUGAGCAGAUUCCCAGCAGAGAAGAAAGUUGGAGUGAACAACUUCCAGAUACACCAGCUGAUGAAACUACUCCUGUUUCUGAAAAUACAGAAAAAAUCAAGAAACGCUACAGGAAAAAGAAAAAUAAGCUUGAAGAAAUCUUCCCAGUAUACUUGCAGGAAGCCUUCUUUGGAAAAGACCUUCUAGAUACCAGUAGACAAAAUAAAUCAAAUCUGGAUAAUUUAUGUGAAGAAAGCCUUAACAUUUCAUGCAAAGCAAAUUUGAGCACAAGCUUUUUAGAUCCGUCUUCAGAUCCGCUUCUUAGUUCAACUUCCACUCCAGCUCCAUUAAAGUCUGGGACUCAAGGGAUCUCUGAUGACCCAAUAGCUGCUCUAAUGCUGAACAACGGUGAUGAUAUUCUUGGAAUUCUUUCUGAUGAUUUAGUAAAAUCUGGGGAUCAUUCAGGUCUUGAUUUAUGCACUUUCCAGGUUGAGAACUCAUCCUCCCCUUUUGCGGGUCUAGAUCUUGGAGCAAUUUCUGAUGAUCCCUCUUCUCUGCCGCUGCAAAGUGUCAGCCAGAAUUCACGGCCACUUAGCGAAGAGCAGUUAGAUGGAAUCCUGAGCCCCGAACUAGACCAGAUGGUCACCGACGGUGCAAUUCUUGAUAAACUGUACAAGAUUCCAGAGCUUGGAGGAAAGGAUGUUGAAGACCUUUUUACUGCCGUGCUGAGUCCUGCAACUACUCAGUCAACUCCUUUGCCACAACCCCCACCACCCCCACCACCAUUAAUGCACUUACACAAUCAAGAGGAAAAUGUCUUUUCAAGAGUCCCACUUUUGAAUGGCCUGAUUGGACCAAACCCACAUCUUCCUCAUACGUCUUUGGUUUCUGGAGGUGGAUUAGGCAGUUUUUCUGCUAUAUCACAGCCAUCGUACACAGACAUCAGAGACAAAAACACAGCAUUUAAUGCUGCAAUGAACAAUCCCUCUGGUUCUUGGGUCCCAUCCACUGCCCCACUGGAAGGCGAAGGUGAUACCAUGUCUAAUGCUCAGAGAAGCACUCUGAAGUGGGAGAAGGAAGAAGCACUUGGGGAAAUGGCCACUGUAGCGCCUGUCUUGUACACCAACAUCAAUUUUCCAAAUCUAAAGGAGGAAUUCCCAGAUUGGACCACAAGAGUAAAGCAGAUUGCUAAAUUGUGGAGAAAAGCAAGUUCGCAAGAGCGAGCUCCAUAUGUGCAAAAAGCAAGAGAUAAUAGAGCUGCCUUACGUAUCAACAAAGUACAGAUGUCUAAUGAUUCCAUGAAGAGGCAGCAACAACAGGAUAGUAUUGAUCCAAGUUCUCGUAUCGACACGGAGCUCUUCAAGGACCCAUUAAAGCAGAGAGAAUCGGAGCAUGAGCAAGAGUGGAAAUUUAGACAGCAAAUGCGUCAAAAGAGUAAGCAGCAAGCUAAAAUUGAAGCCACUCAGAAACUUGAGCAAGUGAAAAAUGAGCAGCAGCAGCAACAAUUGCAACAACAACUUGGGUCACAGCAGCUUUUGAGCCAGUCAGGUUCAGACACACCAAGUAGUGGCAUGCAAAGUCCUUUGACCCCUCAGACUGGCAAUGGGAAUAUGUCCCCUGCUCAACAGUCAUUGUAUUCGAAACCGUCAACUGGGACUCCUCCUACUUCCUCCAAUGUGUUCCUAAAGCCACAAGCUCCCCCUCCACCUGUGACACCAAACAGAGGGCCUGUUCAAGAGACACAUUGUCAGGCUUCAUCACAACAAACCUUUUCACCCUGCACCUCCUCUAGACCACCUUCUCCGGUUGAUCCAUAUGCAAAAAUGGUGGGAACUCCCAGACCACCACCUGUUAACCAAAAUCAAAACUUUAUCAGAAGAAACACAGUGACAUCGGUGGAUAUCUGUCCACCUCCAUCACCCAUAUCCAGGCCAGCUCAGGUAUCUGAAUCCACUGGAAGCCGGCCAUCACCAGUCAGAGAUUCGUGUUCUUUGUCUCCAGCCAGCAGCGACCCUUAUGCAAAACCUCCAGAUACCCCCAGGCCUGUAAUGGGAACAGAACAGUUCUCCAAACCUUUGGGGGUAACAAGAUCAUCCCUCCUUGCAGAACAGCCAGGGAAACCUUCUUCAACGGUGGCAAAUAGUGAACCGUUUGCUAAACCACCUCCUAGAACAGAUGCAUUUCAUAAACCCCGGAUGUCCUUGCCUGACUCAUAUGCACGGAUGCCAUUGACUCCCACUCCUGGUGUUGAGGGGAAUUCUGGUCCAUUUAAAACACCCAUGCGCCCAAAUCAGUCACCACAAGAUCCUUAUGCAAAAAUGCCACCAACACCAAGACGCCUACCUGUGGAUCCCUAUGAACGGCCUGUUUUGACGCCAAGGCCAGUGGACAGUUUUUCACACAAUCCACCCAAUGACCAAUACAGUCAGUCUCCUCUGACUUCUCACGCAGCAAUAAAAGAGUCUUUUGCCCAUCCACAAAGAGUGAUCCGAAAUCAGAGUGAUUCUUUUUCUCAGUCCGGAACUGUUCCAAGGGCAGUUGCUCAGGAUCCAUAUGUCCAGCCCCCGGGGACCCCUCGUCCAGUCACAGACCCCUAUGCCCAACCCCCGGGGACCCCUCAUCCAGGCACAGACCCCUAUGCCCAACCCCCGGGGACCCCUCGUCCAGUCACAGACCCUUAUGCCCAGCCUCCAGGUACUCCUCGGCCUGCCACAGUUGACCCCUACCUACAUCAGCCACCCACACCAAGACCUGCACAGACAGCAGACUUAUUUGCUCAGGUUUCCGCUAAUCAAAGGCAUUCUGAUCCGUACAGCCAGCCUCCAGGAACACCAAGGCCUGUUGGUAAUGACCCUUAUUCUCAACCACCAGCAACCCCAAGGCCUGGGAUUUCAGAAACAUACAGUAGACCAGCACUGAUGUCAAAUCGGGAUCCUUAUCUACAAACCUCACAGAGCAGGACUUUAUCUGGCACUUUUGCAAGGCCAUCAGACCCAUGUUCUCAGCCCCCAAAACUAACAGGACCCAUUGUGACAGAUUCUUUUAGCCAUCCUUCAACAGCUCCACCUUGCGACCCUUAUGACCAACCUCCGCUGACCCCAAGACCUCAGCCAGAAACUUUUGGAACUGCUCAGCAUCCCCAUGAUGUUGCAGAACAGCCAAGAUCUGGAUCAGAAGGGAACUUUAGUGCACCUGUGAACUCUUCUAUGGGUUUGCAAGGAAAAUCAUUUCCCCAAACCACUCAAGUCCCUGGUCCAGCACCAGCUCCAGGAACAACAAAUACUCAGAGUACAACGUCUCAGGCUGAUGCAGAGAAACUAAGACAGCGGCAGAAAUUACGUGAAAUCAUUCUGCAGCAGCAGCAACAGAAGAAAAAUGCUAUCCGCCAAGAGAAAAUGCCACAAGAGCCUGUUGGAGCAUCUCACGCAGCACCUGUUCAGUCAUGGCAGCAAGAAAAUAUGAACCAGAUUUUUAACCGGCCUCCUCCUCCUUAUCCUGGAAAUAUUCGGUCACCCAUUGUCCCCCCUGGUGGACUAAGGUUCCCAGGUUUUCCUGUUGAUGGACAGUUCAGUAGACCCCAAUUUCCAGGAGAUGUGAGUGGCAUGGGAAUGAGGCCUCAAGGAAUUAGAUUUGGUUUUCCUGGUGGUGCUCAUAGACCUCCUCCAUGUCAAGAACGUUUCCUUGGUCCUCCACAGCAAAUGCAACGUGCCGGCAUUCCAUCACAGCUCAGAAGAUCCAUGUCUGUAGAUAUGCCUAGAAUACCUAACAAGCCACAAAUGGCUAAUCCCAUUGGACUCUCCCAGCAUUUCCCACCACAGGGUAUUCAGGUUCAGCAGCACAACAUUAUGGGGCAGGCAUUUAUUGAGCUGUGCCAUAGAGCACCUGAAAGCAGGCCAAGACUCCCUUUUAAUUCUUCAUCAACCACUGUUAUGAACACAGUUUCCCAGCAUCAGCAACAUACAGGAUUUUUACCUAGACAGGAUUGUCAAGGCCCAAGACACAUAGAGCCCAUGCGAUGUACUUCUCAAAGUCUAAACAGUCCACUGCCUACAUCAACAGGUUUGGAGCAUUUGCCACCAUCUCAACAAGGAACAGUGAAUCCAAACCAUCCGCCUGUGUUAAUAUGCUCCUUAAGUAAUCCAUCAGUGAAUGAUGCUUUUUCAGGACAUUCUUUGCCAACAACGUCAGCUGACGCAGAAAGUGGCUUAGAAAUUCCCACACAGUCUUCUGACGUAUUAGAAGAGAAGCUUGAUCCUGAUGAUCCUUCUGUGAAAGAUUUGGAUGUCAAAGACCUUGAUGGUGUUGAAGUUAAAGAUUUAGUUGAUGAGGACCUUGAAAAUUUAAAUCUGGACCCAGAAGAUGGCAAAGGAGAUGAAUUGGACACAUUAGAUAAUCUUGAAACUCGCCACCUAGAUGAUCUUUUGAGAUCAGGAGAAUUUGACAUAAUUGCCUACACUGAUCCAGACCAUGAUUUGGGUGACAAGAAAGGUAUGUUUAGUGAGGAGCUGGAUCUUAAUGUGCCCAUAGAUGAUAUUCAGUGUAAGGCAGAAGAUGCUCAACAAAACCAUCACGAUGACAAAGCUUCCAGUCCUGUAGAUUCCUCUUCUCCAAAAAAAACAGGUGAAGUCAAUGAGAUUAAAACAGAAGUGUUGUCUCCAAAUGCAUUAGAAGAAAGUAACUUGGAAAAAGAAAAAAGUGACCGAAGUGCUGCAGCCUCAGAUACUCACCUUGAAGCUAAACCAGAGUCAAAUGACAAAGAAGCAAAAUCUGUGUUGCCUUGUAAUGUGGAAUUAGCAGACAAAACAGGUAUAAAUGAGGAAGGUGCUGUAUCUAGCCCAGAUGCUGUUCGGGGCCCAUCUGUCACAUCUGCUCAGAGUACAGCAAGUUCUUGCAAGAUCUCUGGAUCCACUCCGGUUCUAACAAGUUUGCUGUCUAAUGAAAGUUCAGAAACCCCUGAUCCUGGCCCACUCAGCUCUCCACCACACCCGUUACUGACAGCACAAGCAAAUCCUAUUUCAAGUAUUUCACAAACUUUAAUGACAUCUGCUAGCCAAACAAUGGAAAACACAUUACCUAAUGUGAACAUAGUUCCACAAAUGAGCCAUCCCUUCUCUCAAGGGGCAACCGUCAAUCCAGGCUUUGCCCCUGGUCAGCCAGCCAGUCAUAGCUUUGGGACAGGGCAGCCUGGCAAUCCGGUUGUGCCUGUUGUAAAUCGACCUGGUCCUGGUGGUAUGCCAGGUCCCCAACAAAUGAUGCUUCCACAAACAUUAGCCCAGCAGCAAAACCGAGAGAGGCCUCUUCUGCUAGAGGAACAGCCCCUUCUGCUACAAGACCUUUUGGAUCAAGAAAGACAGGAGCAGCAACAGCAGCGACAGAUGCAAGCUAUGAUUCGCCAGCGUUCAGAGCCUUUUUUCCCCAACAUUGAUUUUGAUGCAAUCACGGAUCCCAUAAUGAAAGCAAAAAUGGUGGCUUUGAAAGGGAUCAAUAAAGUAAUGGCUCAAAACAAUAUGGGAAUGCCACCAAUGGUCAUGAACAGGUUUGCCUUUAUGGGACAGGUCGUGCCAGGAACACAGAGUGGUGAAGGCCAGAAUCUAAUACAGCAAACAAUUACACAGGAUGGAAACCUGGCACCUCAGAUUUCUAGGCCAAACCCCCCAAAUUUUGGUCCUGGUUUUGUAAAUGAUUUACACAGAAAGCAAUAUGAAGAAUGGCUGCAAGAAACCCAGCAACUUCUUCAAAUGCAGCAGAAGUACCUUGAAGAGCAAAUUGGAGCACAUAGAAAAUCAAAAAAAGCACUCUCUGCCAAGCAGCGCACAGCAAAGAAAGCUGGCCGAGAAUUCCCAGAAGAAGAUGCCGAGCAGCUUAAGCAUGUUACUGAGCAGCAGAGCAUGGUUCAAAAGCAGCUGGAACAGAUACGAAAACAACAAAAGGAGCAUGCAGAACUCAUUGAAGAAUAUCGGAUUAAGCAGCAACAGUGCGGAUUGGGACCUCAUCCGGUGAUGCCGGGCAUGCCUUCUCAGCCCCCAAUGGUUCCAGGAGGAUCGUCACCAGCAAUGGGUCAGCAGAAUUUCCCAGUGGUUUCACAACAGCUUCAGCAUCAGCCGCACACGGUGGUGGUUCCUGGACCUUCCAAGCCACCCCGGAUGCCGAGCUUGCCAGGAUGGCAACCUCCUAACGCUGCUCCGAUACACAUCCCUCACAACGCACCGAGGAUGCCCCCUCCUAUGACACCACUGCCAGUUAAUUCUGUGCCGCCCACACCUGUUGUGUCUGCUUCCAGCGCCAGUGUGCAGUCGGGGCCCCCACCGCGGGUUGAGUUUGAUGACAAUAACCCAUUCAGCGAAAGCUUUCAAGAGCGAGAGCGAAAGGAGCGCCUGCGAGAGCAGCAGGAAAGGCAACGGAUCCAGCUGAUGCAGGAGGUGGACCGGCAGAGAGCUUUGCAGCAGAGGGUGGAAAUGGAGCAGCAGCAGCAGCAUGGGGCCGCGGGCGCGGAAUUGAACGCGAGGGCGUCCUUGUCUCAGAUGCAGUACUUCCAUCCCGAUCUGUCAUGUGAUUUUGCGCGGCCUCCACAGACUCUUCCACAGUCGCCGCAACAGCCGCCACCGCCAAUGGGACCCGUUCUGCAACAAGGACCACUGAAGUCCCCGCCGACGGCCAGCUUCCCACCAUGUGCUGAGCGACAGCUGUUGGGAGCUUCCCCCUUCGGCGCUGACCCACCCUUGGCUCCCGACGGAAGCCCUACUUUCCAUUCCGCUAAGCAGUCCCUUGGAAGCCUCUCCGGAGCCAGCUUUCCCCCGUGCCAGGCUAGGUCUCCGUUUGCCUCUAGUCUGCCUGCAGUUUCUGUGGCCACCAGCAGCAGUCCGGAGAGUGGCACACCUCCUGGAGCGAACUGCCCUGGAACGAGUCAGUCUCUCAUUCAGUUGUAUUCUGAUAUCAUUCCGGAGGAGAAGAGCAAAAAGAAGAGAACAAGGAAAAAGAAAAAAGAGGAUGAUGCAGAGUCCGCGAAUACUCCGUCGACGCCUCGUUCGGAUAUCACCGCACCACCAACUCCAGUGGUUUCAGACGCUGUCUCCACCCCAGCUGUUAGCACACCAGGUGAACCUGCACACCACGCAGGGGAAAUGGAGGCAGAGGAGCCGCCGAGCUCAUCAGCCCCGAAUGCUGCAGAGAGUCAGUCUUCCUUAGAACAGAAAGAUCAGCUCUCCAGUUGCAGUUUGCCACAAGGCGAGGUGCCCGAGCCGUCGAGCGUGAACUCAGAGACCAACAAGGUCGAGGCAGACGCUUCUGUGAGCCUUCAGCAAAUGAGACAAGAAGAUACGGAAGCGGGUCAGUGCCCUGCUCAAGCUGAGCCUAAGGGGGAGAGUCAAAGUGACAUUAAAGUAGAAGAGGAUAAAACCGGCAGCCAGCCAGCCCCUUCUUCCCAGAGCCAGGUGCAAAUGGCAAGCGUCCCGGCAGCAAAAGGGGAAUCGGGGAAUGAGCUCCUCAAACACUUGCUUAAGAACAAAAAAUCUGCCUCUCUGACCAGUCAGAAAUCAGACAGCAGCUUCCACUCAGACGAGAGCGUUGAGGAGAACAAAUUUGUAGAAAGACAGGAGCCGGCUCAAGGUGGGAUGCAGUCAAUAGGAAAUCAGUCGCAGGGUACGUUUGGAUGCAGGAACAGCCAGAUUCAGAGAGCAGAUUUAGGACAUGAAAUGAAAAAGCAAAGAAGCAAACGAAGUCAGAAGGCAGGUGAGAAGGCAGCCCCCCGGACAAAGAGGAGGAAAAAAGAAGAGGAGGAAAAGCAGACUCUUUACCCCAACACAGAAGCGUUCAUGCAGUUAAAGCAGCAACUUUCUUUGCUUCCGCUCAUGGAGCCAAUAAUUGGAGUGAGUUUUGCCCAUUUUCUUCCUUAUGGCAGUGGCCAUCUGAAUAGUGGAAGUCGACUCACGGGAAGCUUUGGUAGCGCUACACUUGAUGGGGUAUCAGACUACUAUUCUCAGCUAAUCUACAAGCAGAAUAACCUCAGCAACCCGCCCACACCUCCAGCUUCCCUGCCUCCCACGCCUCCACCUGUGUCUUGCCAAAAAAUGGUAAAUGGAUUUGCAACCACGGAGGAACUCGCUACAAAGGCUGGGAUGCUAGGUGGACAUGAUGUCACUAAAGCUCUAGGACCAAAGCCAUUCCAGCUGCCUUUCAGACCACAGGAUGAUCUGCUCACCCGAGCCAUGGCGCAGUGUCCUAAAAGUGUGGACGUGCCUGCUUCCCUUCCAACCCCACCUCACAAUAAUCAGGAAGAGCUCAGGGUUCAGGAUUCCUGUGAUGACAGAGAUACCCCUGACAGCUUUGUUCCUUCCUCCUCUCCUGAGAGUGUCAUGGGCAUGGAAAUCAGCCGAUACCCUGAUCUGUCAUCGGUAAAGGAAGAGAUGCCUGAACCUGUUCCAUCUCCUAUCAUUCCAAUCUUGCCUACCAGUGCUGGAAAGGGUUCUGAAGCAAAAAGGAAUUAUAUCAAAACAGAGCCCGGCCCUGCCUUCUUUGGCUCUCAUCUGGCACCUUCCCAAAAUGGCCCCAAAUCUGGUCUUGUAUCCAUAGCAAUUACUUUACAUCCCACAGCUGCAGAGAAUAUUGGCAGUGUGGUGGCUGCAUUUUCCAACCUUCUGCAUGUCAGAAUUCCAAAUAGUUAUGAAGUGAGCAAUGCCUCAGAUGUUCCACCCUCUAUGGGAAUAAUCAGCUCUCACAGACCAAAUGCAACCUUUGAGUACAGACAGCACUUAUUACUACGUGGACCUCAGCCAGGAGCUCUCGGCCCUUCUGGACUAACCGGGCCGUACGGAUUCAAACAACAUAACAUGUCCUUUCCACCAAGUGGUAAUGGUUAUAAGGCCCACAGUCCCAAUGUCAUGGAUGGUUCGGUGCUGAGGCCACAGUGGUGCUCUCAUUGUAAAGUAGUAGUUCUGGGCAGUGGAGUACGGAAAUCUUUCAAAGAUCUACCUUUCCUGAAACAGGAUUCCAGGGAUCAGUCUGAGAGGACAGAGAAGGACAUUGUCUUCUGCAGCAACAAUUGUUUUGUCCUUUAUUCAGCAUCCGUGCAAGCAAAAAACUCAGAUAGCAAGGAAUCCAUUUCUUCAUUAACCCAGUUUCCAGUGAAAGAGGCAACCCCAAAGGUUUUCCAUCAGUAUAACAACAACAUCUCUACGUUAGAUGUACACUGCCUUCCUCAGGUACAGGAAAAGUUUUCUCCACCUUCAUCACCCCCUAUCAUAUUCCCUCCUGCUUUUGAAGCAGCCAGAGUGGAACCCAAACCGGACGACCUGAAGGUAACGGUGAAACUUAAACCCCGUCUGAGGACAAUACCCAAUGGCCUCGAUGACUGUCGAGUAGUCAGUAAGAAAUGGAAAGGAAUGAAGUGGAAAAAAUGGAACAUACAGAUUGUGAUUCCUAAAGGAACAUUCAGACCUCCAUGUGAUGAGGAGAUAGAUGAGUUCCUCAAGAAAAUGGGCACAACCAUUAAACCUGAUCCUGUGCCUAAGGAUUAUCGAAAAUGUUGCUUCUGUCAUGAAGAGGGUGACGGACUAACCGAUGGACCAGCCAGACUUCUUAACCUUGACUUAGACCUUUGGGUGCAUUUGAACUGUGCUCUUUGGUCUACUGAAGUCUACGAGACACAAGCUGGUGCCUUAAUAAAUGUGGAAUUAGCUCUGCGGAGGGGAUUGCAAAUGAAAUGCACAUUCUGUCACAAAAUGGGUGCUACCAGCGGCUGUCACAGGUUAAGGUGCACCAAUAUUUAUCACUUUACCUGUGCCAUUAAAGCACAAUGCAUGUUUUUUAAAGACAAAACUAUGCUUUGCCCAAUGCACAAACCAAAGGGCGCUCAUGAGCAAGAACUCAGCUAUUUUGCAGUCUUCAGGCGGGUCUACGUGCAACGGGAUGAGGUUCGGCAGAUUGCGAGCAUCGUCCAGCGGGGGGACCGAGAGCACACCUUCCGGGUGGGAAGUCUCAUCUUCCACACGAUUGGCCAGCUGCUGCCACACCAGAUGCAGGCUUUCCAUACCUCAAAGGUCCUUUAUCCUGUGGGUUACGAGGCUAGCCGGUUGUAUUGGAGUACGCGGUAUGCCAACCGCAGGUGUCGCUAUGUGUGUUCCAUUGAAGAGAAGGGUGGCCUCCCCCUCUUUGUCAUCAGGAUAAUUGAGCAAGGCCAUGAAGAUCUGGUCCUUACUGACUCAACCCCGAAAGAUGUUUGGGAUAAAAUCCUGGAGCCUGUUGCUUCUGUAAGAAAAACUUCUGAAAUGCUCCAACUCUUCCCUGCCUAUUUGAAAGGCGAAGACCUUUUCGGCUUGACUGUCUCUGCAGUGGCUAGGAUAGCGGAAUCGCUUCCUGGGGUGGAGGCCUGCGAGAGCUACACUUUCCGCUAUGGCCGAAACCCACUCAUGGAGCUCCCGCUCGCCAUCAACCCCACAGGCUGUGCCCGCUCAGAGCCGAAAAUGAGCAGCCAUGUCAAGAGGUUUGUGUUAAGGCCUCAUACCCUGAAUAGCACCAGCACUUCAAAGUCAUUUCAGAGCACAGUUACAGGAGAACUGAACGCACCUUACAGUAAACAGUUUGUUCAUUCGAAGUCCUCUCAGUACCGAAAGAUGAAGACUGAAUGGAAAUCCAAUGUUUAUUUGGCACGGUCACGAAUUCAGGGCCUGGGCUUAUAUGCUGCUAGAGACAUUGAAAAGCACACCAUGGUCAUUGAAUAUAUCGGAACCAUCAUCCGCAACGAGGUAGCCAACAGGAAGGAGAAGCUUUAUGAAUCUCAGAAUCGCGGAGUAUAUAUGUUUCGCAUUGACAAUGAUCAUGUCAUUGAUGCCACACUGACAGGCGGUCCUGCAAGGUAUAUUAACCAUUCCUGUGCACCAAAUUGUGUAGCUGAGGUGGUAACCUUUGAA